UUUUUGUCGACAUGAAAAAUGUAUAUUAAAAGUACCAAAUGGAUAUAUUACAAUUUUAUGUUUUUGGGGUGUCGUUAUUAUUUUUCUUUAAUUUGGCUUUACAAUGUGAUGGCCGAGUUAGACACAAGUAUAAGGACGUUUUAGGAAAAAAUAUAGGAAAAUACAAAACACCACAAGAUGCAACUAUCAGAAAACGUCUAUUGCUAAGAUAUACUCCAAAAAUUGAGAAAAAAACUCAUUUAAGAGAUGAUCUAACUGGUCUGGAUAAUGAUAUAAACGAUGAACAUAUCGAUAAACCAGAAGAAGACGAGAACAAUGAAAAUGACGAACAAGAAGAUGAAGAAAAUGAGAACAAUGAAAACGAAGAUGAAGCAGAAGAAAAUGAGAACAAUGAAAACGAAGAUGAAGUAGAAGAAAAUGAGAACAAUGAAAACGAAGAUGAAGCAGAAGAAAAUGAGAAUGAACUAAAUGAGAAUGAAGUAAAUGAGAACAAUGGAAACGAAAAUGAAGCAAAUGUUGAACAAAAAGAAAGUGAAAACAACGAAAAUAUAGGGCCAGUCCCCGAAAGUCCCAAAAUAACAAAAUUUAUAGAAGACGAAUUGUCAAAACUUGAAGAAGAAUUAUUAAAAAAAAAAGAAGAAAGGGAAGCACAAAAACAAAAAGCAAAAGAGGAAAAAGAAAGAAAAGAAAAAGAAAGGCUAGAAAAAAUAGAAAAAGAAAGACUAGAAAAAAUAGAAAAAGAGAAACAAGAAAAAUUGGAUAAGGAAAAACAGGAAGCAACAAAAGGGGAAGAUCAGGUAACAACGGAAAGGGAAAAACAAACAGCAACGGAAAGAGAAGAACAAGCAACAACUGCAGUUGGUAAGGAACAAUUGUCAGAACUAGAAAAAGAAGAACAAACAACAAACAAAGAGGAAGAAGGAACAAAGGGAGAACAUGAACCAAGUGAAAAGGAAGAACAUGAACCAAAAGAAAAGGAAGAACAAACUACAAACGAAAAGGAUGAAAAAAUAAAGGAUGAACAAACAAAGGAUGAACAAACAAAUGAUGAACAAACAAAGGAUGAACAAACAAAGGAUGAACAAACAACGGUUGAACAAAUAAAGGAUGAACAAACAACGGAUGGAAAAACAAAGGAAGAACUAGAACCAAAAGAAAAGGACGAACAAACAACAACUGAAAGGGAAAAACAAGCACCGACUGAAAGAGAAGAACCAGAAGAAAAAGAAAUAAACCAAAAGGACGAAGAGGAAACAAAAGAAAAGGAACAACAAGAAAUAAAAGAAAGGGAAGACCAAGAACAAAAAGAGAAGGAAGAACAAGAAAUAAAAGAAAGGGAAGCCCAAGAAAUAAAAGAAAGGGAAGCCCAAGAAAUAAAAGAAAGGGAAGCCCAAGAAAAAAAAGAGAAGGAAGAACAAGAAAUAAAAGAACAAAAAGAAAGGGAAGAACAAGAAAUAAAAGAACAAAAAGAAAGGGAAGAACAAGAAAUAAAAGAACAAAAAGAAAGGGAAGAACAAGAAAUAAAAGAACAAAAAGAAAGGGAAGAAAAAGAAAGGGAAGAAAAAGAAAGGGAAGAAAAAGAAAGGGAAGAAAAAGAAAGGGAAGAAAAAGAAAGGGAAGAAAAAGAAAGGGAAGAUAAAGAAAGAAAAGAGCGAGAAGAAAGGGAAGAAAAAGAAAGAAAAGAGCGAGAAGAAAAGGAAAAAAAAAGAAAGGAAGAAGAGGAAAAAAAAAGAAAGGAAGAAGAACAUAAAAAAUGGCUGGAAGAACAAGCAAAAAAGAAAAAGGAAGAAGAACACAAAAAAUGGAAGAAGGAACAAGAAAGACUAAAAAAGGAAGCAGAAAAUAAAAGAAUAAAGGAAGAAAAAGAGAGAAAACGCAAGGAAAAGGAAGAAGCUGCAAGAAAAAAAAAGGAGAGAGAGGAGAAAAAAAAAUAUUGGUGGUAUUAUUACACUAACUUUUGCAAUUAUUACUAUGAUUCUGAUGAUUCCGAUGAUUACAAUUAUUACGAUUAUUGGUCUUGGGUGUGGGGGUGAUUGAUGUAAUAUGUACUUUUAUUUAUGUCCAUAAAUUUGGUUUUACCUAAAAUUACAAAUUUAUGAUUUUAAUUGCAU